GCCUCUCCGUCCUCCUCUCUUCCCCCUCACAACACAACCAUCUCCUUAUCUCGUCAAUCCAUGGCUACCAUUGAUGACGCUAGCGUCAACGGCAAGAAAAGUGACGGGGUUUGGAGGUUCAUGAUGCUGCCAAAGGCUAAUCGUAGUAGCAUGAGAGCGAUGGUGGCGAGGUUAGCGCCAACUUUCGUGAGAAUAGGAGCCAUGUUGGCUACGGUCGCAGCAGCGCUUGUGAUGGGUCUCAACAAGCAGACCAAGACCACCGCCGUCGCCAUUGUGGGCACCACCCCUCUCUAUCAAACUCUCGUUGCCAAGUUCAACCAGACCCCUGCCUUUAUGUACUUUGUGAUAGCCAACGCAAUUGCUAGCGUCUAUAAUCUACUGGUGCUCUCCUUGGGGUUCCUCCUCUGUAAAUGCAAGAGAUAUGAGGUUACAAUUCACCUCGCAGACAUGGUUAUGAUGGCGUUAGUAGCGACGGGUGCAGCUGCGGCGACGUCCAUUGCAGAGCUGGGGAAGAACGGCGACCUGCACGCCAGAUGGAGCCCGAUAUGCGAUAAAUUCCACGACUAUUGCCACCGUGGUGGCCUUGCCCUCGUGCUCGCCUUCGCUGGGGCCGGCCUCCUCUUUAUCCUCAACGCUCACUCCAUCAUCUCCCUCCAUAAGAGCGCAUAUAGUCAUCUCUGAGCUAGGAGGAAUUGUUUGUUCUCUUUUCUGAUGCUGCAACGGUCUGUAUUAUUGUUCUCAAGAGCGUGUACGUGAGGUUUGUAAUGUGCCUUUUUUUUGUGUGUUAAUGUGUGAACAAAUGCAAACGGCUUGUUUUGUGCUCAAACAAUCAUAAUUUGUAUUGCUCGGAAGGCCUGUUGGGGAUUCGAAACAAUCAAAUCGACCCUUGUCCUUCCGAACCUUGUGUUUGAGAGUAGGA